CAGGUUCUAACUAUAUAUAGAAAACAUGACGCAAGCGCUUGAUUGAAGAUUUUCGUUACACUUUGAGUUUAUAUUAUUUGCUUGAAGCAUCAAGAAGACAAGUAAUGGAUGUUUAUCAUAUGUUGAUUAUUGUGCUACUCUUAACGUUGGGCGCAGUUGACGGAAUCAAUUCUCAAUCACUAAAUGAAAAAAAACCAGUGAAUCGCACAUCACCAGAAUAUCCAGAACUCGAUCCGACACAAACAGCUCAUAAAAAUCUCGAAUUGCUCGUUGGGGACGCCGCCUCAAAAAUAAGGAAAUUUGAAGAAUCUGUUUCCGAAGAUUUCGCAAAGCUCGAUAAUGACGAAAUUAUUAGAGAAGACGUCACCGUCGUUGUACAAACAAUAUCCUUGAAUCCAAUUUCUACAAGAAAUAAUGAUGGUAACGUUACAACAAGCGACAAUGUUUCUUCGCUGGAAAUAAAGCCGAGCGAAGCUAGUUCUGUUCAUGUCCAAAUUCCAAUAAAAAAAGUGUUGAAUGCGACAAAAAUUAGUGGAAAACAAGUAUCCAAACUUACCGUGGUUGUAGCAUUAUGGAAAGACAUGAGUACUAUGCCUAGAAACUUGACGCGGUCAGAUGCUAGAAUACCGGAAAAUGUAACUGCUGUGACGGUUGCUUAUUAUCGCGAAAAUGAUAAAUUGGAUAUGAUCAAAGAAAGUUUACCAGUUACUUAUUCUGUGGAUCUCCAAAAUGACUUCACUGAACUUGAAGGCUUGAAAUCCAACGAAAGAAUCAAAAAUGUUCAGCGAGUGUGCGUCUGGUUCGAUUUGACAACAACCGGAACGUGGAGUGACAAAGGAUGCCGAUCCACGAAAUCAAAUGCCGGCGGAGUGACGUGCGAGUGCGAACACACGACGACCUUCGUGACUUUAUUAAUGUUGAAUAGUUCGGUGGUUAUGCCGGCCGAGGUUCAUUAUAUCUCUCUGGCUUUUGAAAUUGCAAGCAUAUGCUGCUUGUUACUUACAGUUUUAUUUAUAUUGAUUGCGAGACACGGGGCUGGUAUUGAUUCCACAUUCGCACCAAAAGCAACAGGUAUGAACUCGAACCGAACAAACUCGCAAGUUAGUCUUUGUGUUUCGUUACUGUGUCUCCACUUAGUUAUAGUUUGGAGCGAUUUCGCAAGAAACCAUAAUGAUAACGGUUGUGUAGCAGCCACCAUAAUGACUCAUUAUUUCCUACUUGCCACGGGCUUUUGGUCCUUUUGCGAAGGACUCGGAAUAUUUGUGAAGAUGUUUCCGAAACUAACAUUGAACGUGGAAUAUCCUACUUUGACAAUAGUGCAAACUGUAUUUGCUUGGUGUGCGCCUCUAGUUUUUACGGUACCUGCGGCAGCAUACGGGAUAUCAAACAACAAGUAUAUCGAUUUGUCUGAAGCCUAUAAAAUUACUCUAGAGAAAUCACAAAAUACAUCAUAUUCAACGCCAAUGUAUGAAAGAUGUUGGCUGAGUGCUGACAGCGGAAUUGUAUGGACUGCUGUUGGUCCAAUUAUAUUUGUCGUUGUGGCAAAUAUAGCUAUUUUGUGCUACAUAACAAAAGGUGUUAUGAAGAUGAAUAGAAAAAUUCAAACUUACCGAGUGAGAAACUUUGAAUCGAGCAACACUCAAUACGGUUACUCAAAUGGGAACGCCGUCCAAAGUCGUGGCAGUACACCCCCGCCUCGAUAUCGAUCUUCGGUCACAUCGAUUGGUAGCGGUGCCAUACCUCUUGGGUCGGCUGCCAGACAAAAAAGGCAUGUGAAACAUAUGCUAUCUGUGACUCGAACAUUUGCAAUAUUAAUGCCAGUUCUUGCAAUUCCGUGGAUACUGGGUAUUCUAGGUAAUAUACCUGGUGCGACCACUACUCUUCUAACAGCACAUACCGUAGUAAAUGGCCUCCAAGGACUUCAAAUAUUUUUAUUGUAUUGCGUUGUGAACAAAGCGGACUGGAGAAUUGUUAAAAGAAAAUGGAGGAACAGUGAUGUUCGAUUUUUAUUUACACAUCAUCGAUAUAAUAGACGGGAAUCCGUCAUAACAAACUCGGCGCGAGUGGUCGUAUAUGAUGCAAAAAAGAACAACCCGAAGAUAGAUUCUAAUGCAAAUACAUACCUUAGCGCAUCGUGGAAGCCAGUGCCCAAUACACACUACGACACUUUGAGCAGUUGUAGGUCUAGCAUCGGAACUGUAAAUAGCGCCCAUAGUCCAGGUAGCUCAUUGGAAAGAAAGCCGCUGCGUUAAAUUAUCGAAGUACACAAACCGCACUGUUUCAAUAUACCAGUCCCCAUAUUCCACUGUUCUUUUUCUACAUUAGACUUUUUGUAAUUGUCAGCUUUUAUUAUUCGUUUUUUCAACAUGUUGAAAUUUUCAUAUCGCGAGUGAGCAUUCUUAUGAAGUUUGGUUAGAGAAGGACAACACACACCAUCUCCGAGGAAAUGAAACUUGCUCCCAUAUCAUACAAAAAGCUACAGUUCUGCUUUGAGCAAAGUUUUUUUUAACUUUACGAAUUUGGCAUCUGCAUAGACAAAAGCUAUGAUGAAAUGUGUCAAACACGAUGUUGAAGAUAUUCAUUGCUGUCAUUUUUUUCUAAAACCUGCCAUACCUGUGUUGUGAAUUUAUUAUUUACUUUUGAACUGCUUGGUGAAUGUAAAUAGGAAAUACAUUUGAACUUAUAUUAUACAUUAUGGUGAAAUAGAUAUUUGAUAACGAUUGAUUGAACAGUACAUUGGUAACUAUUAUUCGCAUAUUUGAGUAAUAGUGAUUAAUUGCAUUAAGAUUAAUCAAUUAAAAUUUGAACUUUAAAUCGUUUUGCCAAAUAUCCAUCAAGUAUGAUACUUAACUCCCUAAUACAGUGAUUACACUAGCUGAUCGAUAAUCUCUUCUAGGUAAGGAUGGAGAUAAACGCAUUUUGUGCAUUGACCAAAUUAAUAUCAUAAACUAACGUAUAAGAAAGUGAAAUGCUAGUUGGAUGCAAUUUGAGAACAUAAUGCUGAAUUAUUAUUUCACUAUUUUAAAUUCAGUUGCUGCGCAUUUUACAUUAGUAUUCUUACUAAGCAAUAAGCUUUUUUCUGUGUGACUGUUACUGUGUUAUAUUCUGUGUUAGUCGCUAUUUUUUAA